AUGAUCUUUCAAUGGCAUGUGCGGCUAACACCACCAUCUCUCGUUGGUGAACGUUCGGCGAUCGCAAACGGAAAUCACUCGUCCCGCUCUGUCUUGGGCGUGCUUGUGGAGGUGACGAGUCAAAUCAACGACGACAUCAAAUUCACGCAAGACAACUACAAGUUCUUUGCCGUCACCUACAGCCCGAUCGGUAGCAUUGUCGGCAAGGUGACAAUCCUCAAUGCCCAUCAGAACACCGAUCCAGAGGGGCUGGGAAGGUGUGGUUACUCCAUUCGGUCCGGCGACAUGGUCCCAUUCACAGUCGACUCACAGGGUAGGCUACACUGUUGA